AAUUCGUUCCGGGUUGAUCUGCCCGCCCGACUAUUGCAGAGAGGAGUUCAUCCUGUAUUCCACGCAUCACUUCUUCGCGUACACGUCGCCAAUGAUGAUCGUCUCUUCCCGGGGCGGGCAGAGAUGCAGGUGGCUGAUUUCGGGGAGGAUGGGGCCAAAUGGGCCGUUGAUCGCAUUCUAGCUCACAAGGGACAAGGGACGUCAUCCGUGUUCAAAAUCAAGUGGAAAGCUGGAGACGUCACC